AAAACUAAGGGUUAAUCAUUUUGAACUCUCUUUUAAAGUCAUCAAUUUUUAAAAAUUAAUUUCCAUUUUCACUCAGAUGCUCUUUAGAGCUAGAACGGAAAUGAAUAAGCUAAUUCUUGCAACGUUUGUAAUCCUCGCUUGUUCCUUACAAGCAGCACACUGUGGAGUAUGGAAUGAUUUUGUAAGCGAGACUGUUUAUGAAGUGAUUCAUAAUUUUCUGAAGGAAAAAUAUGCAGAUUCACCAGAUACAACUGAUUGCUUAAUGAAACAUUUUAAAGUUAUCGAUUUAUCCAGGAAAGUUGAUAGACCUGAAAUUCUUGUGGAUAAUGAUCUGUUGAAUGACUUUCUCAAACCUUACAUUGAUGAUGCUUUAUCAAAAUGCAGAAUUGAGGAUAUCUUGAAAUUAGAUAUUGACGAUAAACUGAUUCCUAUGCUACCUGGUCAAGCAUUAAAGGAAUUCUGUGACAUACCACCUGAAGAAUUUGAAAAGUCAAGUCUUGCACGUAAAAUUCUAUUUGCAAUUAAUUGUAAAGAAAAGGUUUUGGUGUAUUUUGAUGAAUAAAAUAGUUUAUUCAAGUUUCUGUUAUUUAUUAAAGUUUUAUAAAACUAUUCAAAUUAUGACUCGUCACUGUAAUCAGAUUAAAAGCACCAGAAAUUAAU